CGCCCACUGCUUCCCGGCCGCAGCCAUGGCCGACGAGACCCCCAGGAAGGGCAACUUCUCGGCGCUCGUCGGGCACACCAACGGCCUUACCAAGCCCGCGUCUCUCGCCGCGGCCGCCGUUACCUCCAAGCCAGGGGGCAGUGGCGGCUCCAAGAAACUAGUGAUCAAAAAUUUCCGAGACAGACCUAAAUUGCCUGAUAACUACACUCAGGACACCUGGCAGAAGCUUCAUGAGGCAGUGAAAGCCAUACAAAGUAGUACCUCCAUCAGAUACAACCUGGAAGAGCUCUACCAGGCUGUUGAAAAUCUCUGUUCUCAUAAAGUUUCCCCAACGCUUUACAAGCAGCUCCGCCAGGUCUGUGAAGAUCAUGUCCAAGCACAAAUUCUUCAAUUCAGAGAAGACUCACUAGAUAGUGUUUUAUUUUUAAAGAAGAUUAACAAAUGCUGGCAAGAUCAUUGCAGACAAAUGAUCAUGAUCAGAAGUAUUUUCCUAUUUUUGGACCGCACCUAUGUACUUCAGAAUUCCAUGCUUCCUUCUAUCUGGGAUAUGGGAUUAGAACUAUUUAGAAACCAUAUUAUUAGUGAUAAAAUGGUUCAGAGUAAAACUAUUGAUGGAAUUCUGCUAUUGAUUGAAAAAGAAAGAAAUGGCGAAGCUGUUGACCGAAGUUUAUUGCGAAGUCUGCUGAGUAUGCUCUCUGAUCUUCAGGUAUACAAAGAUUCAUUUGAACUGAAAUUUCUGGAAGAAACAAAUUGUCUAUAUGCCGCAGAAGGCCAAAGGUUAAUGCAAGAAAGAGAGGUCCCAGAAUAUCUUAACCAUGUAAGUAAACGUUUAGAGGAAGAAGGAGACCGAGUAAUCACAUAUUUAGACCACAGCACACAGAAACCACUGAUUGCUUGUGUGGAGAAACAGCUAUUAGGAGAACAUUUAACAGCAAUUCUGCAGAAAGGACUCGAUCACCUGCUUGAUGAGAACAGAGUGCCGGACCUCACUCAGAUGUACCAGCUGUUCAGCCGAGUGAAGGGUGGGCAGCAGAUCCUGCUGCAGCACUGGAGCGAAUACAUCAAGACUUUUGGAACAACAAUUGUUAUCAAUCCUGAGAAGGAUAAAGAUAUGGUGCAGGACCUGCUGGAUUUUAAGGACAGAGUGGACCACGUGAUAGAAGUGUGCUUUCAGAGGAACGAGAAGUUCAUCAACUUGAUGAAGGAAUCCUUUGAAACGUUUAUUAACAAGAGGCCCAAUAAGCCCGCUGAACUGAUCGCAAAGCAUGUUGAUUCAAAAUUGAGAGCGGGGAAUAAAGAAGCAACAGAUGAAGAGCUGGAGAGGAUCCUUGACAAAAUCAUGAUAAUAUUCAGGUUUAUUCAUGGUAAAGAUGUCUUUGAAGCAUUUUAUAAAAAAGAUUUGGCAAAAAGACUGCUUGUUGGAAAAAGUGCUUCAGUUGAUGCUGAAAAAUCUAUGCUGUCAAAACUAAAGCAUGAGUGUGGUGCUGCUUUCACCAGCAAACUGGAAGGCAUGUUCAAGGACAUGGAGCUCUCCAAGGACAUCAUGGUUCAUUUCAAGCAGUAUAUGCAGAAUCAGAGUGACCCAGGCUCUAUAGAUCUGACAGUGAAUAUACUUACAAUGGGAUACUGGCCAACAUACACACCUAUGGAAGUACAUUUAACUCCGGAAAUGAUUAAACUUCAGGAAGUAUUUAAAACAUUCUAUCUUGGAAAGCACAGUGGUCGAAAACUUCAGUGGCAAACUACAUUGGGACAUGCUGUUUUAAAAGCAGAGUUUAAAGAAGGAAAGAAGGAGUUCCAGGUGUCCCUCUUCCAGACUCUGGUGCUUCUCAUGUUCAACGAAGGGGAUGAAUUCAGCUUUGAAGAAAUAAAAAUGGCCACUGGGAUAGAGGACAGUGAAUUGCGAAGAACAUUACAGUCCUUGGCCUGUGGCAAAGCACGAGUUUUGAUUAAAAGUCCCAAAGGAAAGGAGGUAGAAGAUGGAGAUAAAUUCAUUUUUAAUGGAGAAUUCAAGCACAAGUUGUUUCGAAUAAAGAUCAAUCAAAUUCAGAUGAAGGAAACUGUUGAAGAACAAGUCAGCACCACUGAGAGAGUGUUUCAGGACAGACAGUAUCAAAUUGACGCUGCGAUCGUCAGAAUAAUGAAGAUGAGAAAGACUCUUGGUCACAAUCUUCUAGUUUCUGAAUUGUAUAAUCAGCUGAAAUUUCCAGUGAAGCCUGGAGAUUUGAAAAAGAGAAUCGAAUCUCUUAUAGACAGAGACUAUAUGGAGAGAGACAAAGACAAUCCAAAUCAGUACCACUAUGUGGCCUGAUGUGUCGACCAGCUGUUUUCUUUCAGUGAGACACUGGAAUGUAUCUUCAGAACAUUGAAACACUUCUGUGCUGUUUUCAGGGCUUCUGGGAUUAAGCCAGCACGGAUACUUUGGAUUGGAAGGAAAGGAAAUGGUUCUUGGAUAACCUUUCACAAGGCUUAAGAAUUUGCAAAUGGCAUAUGUAUCUUUUCACCCUCCAGUUCUCCCUCUUGUUCUUUUAAGUGUUUAAAUUGUUUCCACUGCUCUGUGCAGAAUGACAUUGGAAUUGGACAAGAUUUUAGUUAAAUGAGGUUCCUUUGCAAGAUGUUCUUGUGGCAAAAAAAGAAACCCCGAAAGUUUGGUUUGUUUUCGUGUGUGAUCAUGAAUGCACAAUGAAAAAGACCCUCUAUGCUGCAUUCUUUAGCUACAGAGAUUACUUAGGUGUUCCUAAAGAUAAGCUAUUUUAGUUGAUAAACACAUAGAUUAAAAACAAGAACCUUUAAUUGGUGAACAUUAGGAAGAAGUCAGUGUUAAAAACUGGCUUAUUGAUUAUGCAAGCUAAAUACUGGGAUCUGUUAGUUUCAUUUAUUUUCAAAAAGUUUUAAACUUUGAUGACUGAUUUUUUCUACAAUGAGGUUUCUCAGUGAGAUCUCUGAUGUGCCAAGAGGGCAUCAGGCCUGAUGUGUUUGGUGCAGUGAACCCAUCAGCGUCUUUAUUUCCACUGAAUUAUUUGUGAAUUUUCUGUUUAAGGGUUUGGGGGGAUAGUUUGUGUUUACCAUUCUAAGAUUGAGUCUAGCAGUCCCUCUUUUUUUCACGUGGGUAACUGCUGUUUGAUUUUUUUUUAAUUGCAGUAUUUGUAUGAUUGCUAUAAUAAAGUUUGGUUUUGUUUUUACAGUCACGUGCAGGGACAGUCGUUGUUCUCUCUGCUAUAACCACUGUAAAAAGUUUUAUAGGAGACUCAAAGUCUUUAUUGUGAAGCAGAGGUUAUUUUGUCAAAAGAUUAAAAGGAUUUCAUUGGCACCUGGUUUCAUGUUGUGUAUGUGUAGAUGAGGUUGACCUGCAGAUGAUGUUAGUAUGCUAACUAUAACAAAGAUACUUUUCUGAUAACAUU